UCUUUUGCAUGCUAAAAAGCUAUGAGCCCGCGCCCGAGCCCCAGCCCGCGGCCGGGUCUGUUCUGGCUUGUCACACUGGUGCUCCUGGCCAGUGGAUCUCCCGGCAGUCGCGAAUCCCAGCUAAGGAUCGGCAAGGCCAUCAAUAUAUUCCUGCGAUACGGCUACCUCAGCAUCUCAAUGAGGGUGAUACCCUCAAACGACAUGGCGGAGAGUGAACGUUGGGUCUUUAAGGAGCCCACCAAAAAUGUAUACAAGAACCUCAGCGGCCUGGCGGAAAGUCAUGAGGACACUACGCCUGGAAUCUUCCAUGGCGACUUUCACAUGGAGUUCUGUGAGAAUCGACGGCAGUUGUUUCAGGCCUAUUUCCGUGACUUUUCCAUCGAGAGAAUGGACAAACCCUGGGAGGCGUUUACGGGUGGUUGGUUCCCGGAGAACGCAGCCAAAAAGCUGGGCAUUAACACCUCCUUCAUUCAAGGAGACUACUCUUACGUUCUGGUCAGAGUAGUGCGUUUCCGAGAAACUGGUCGUCUGAAGUCAGCGAUUCCCGUGCACCAGGACGUGGUACCGGAAGUAAAGACACAAAUAGAUCAGCUAGAGAUAGGCAACCUUACCUCCGCAAUGACCUUCAUAGAAAAUAUUGGCACUCACUACGUGAAUUCCUACACAACAGGGAACUCGCUGUACCAAGUCUUCGUGUUCAGCCGCAGGAACUACCGCAUGAUUAAGGAGCGGAUUAAGAGCAAGGGCCUGAACGCCCUAUCCAAACUUGACCUAUACAACUACUUUGCCCCAUGGUUUGCUGAGCAUCUGGGGCAGAUCCGAUCUGCCAGCGGCAACGCCACCGUGGAGCGCUGGGCCAAGAGGAAGCUGCAGUACGAGUACUACGUCAUCAAGUACCAAACACUUCUAAAGAUCCACGGAAACAGCACCCUACUGCGAUCCCUGGAUCAGCUACUCGGCAACGACGCCAUCCUGCAGCUUGACCUUAAGGCGCUGAAUCCCGUUUUCCGGGAGCAGCCGAAGAAGGAGAGCUGGUUCCACGAAGUUCUUGACAACAAUAUGAAACUCUGGGAGCUCAACAUGCCGCAGAGCCAUCCAAUCCGGUGAUCAAA